UCUUGGGGCCGUUCGUCGGGGUGAAUUUUUGCAGGGGCGGCUUUCGGCUCCUCGGAGCGCGGGGACGUUCGGUGCCUUCGGGACCCCCGGGCACAGCGUCCCCAGCACCGCCCCCUCCCGCAGCGAUGGGCGAGUGGGGCUUCUUGAGCUCGCUGCUGGACGCGGUGCAGGAGGACUCGCCCAUGGGGGGCCGCUGCUGGCCGCUGGUGACGCUGCUCUUCCGCGUGCUGGUGCUCGCCACGGUGGGCAGCGACGUCUUCGAGGACGAGCAGGAGGAGCUCGCGUGCAACACGCGGCAGCCGGGCUGCAAACCGAUGUGUUACGACGCGUCCUUCCCGCUCUCGCAUUACCGCUUCCUGCUUUUCCUCGUGCUCGCUCUCUCGGCGCUCUUCCUCAUCUUCGCCGUGCACCAAACGGCCAAAGCGGGGCUCCCAGCGGGGCGGCGCUCCCGACGGCUGCGGCGCUUCUACGCGGGCAGCGUCGCGCUCCGCAGCGCGGCCGAGUUGUCGUUCCUGCUGGGGCAGCCGCUGCUCUACGGCUCCCGAGUGCCGCCUCUCUUCGUCUGCCGCCCCCGGCCGGGCCCGCACCGCGUCCACUGCUUCGUGUCCCGCCCCACCGAGCGGACCGGCUUCAUCCGCUUCUACUUCGCCGUCGGAUUGGCGUCGGCGCUGCUCAGCCUGGCGGAGCUCGGCCACCUCCUGCGCAAGAGCCGAACGGCCCCCGAGAAGAUCCCCACUUCCGGGGGGGCGGCUCAGCAGCUGCGCCCCCCAGUGCGAGCUGCCCUGGAUGCGUGAAACGCGUGUGCCGUCGCUGCGAUGAGUUGUGGCUGCGCUCAGCCUGGGGGGGGUCACAGGUCUGCAUUGGU